CUCUUCAAAGGCAUCAUGUCUGGACGCGGCAAGCAAGGAGGCAAAGCUAGAGCCAAGGCCAAGACCCGAUCUUCCCGAGCCGGGCUGCAGUUCCCCGUGGGCCGCGUGCACCGUCUCCUCCGGAAGGGCAACUACGCCGAGCGGGUCGGGGCCGGGGCGCCGGUCUACAUGGCGGCCGUGCUGGAGUACCUGACGGCUGAGAUCCUGGAAUUGGCGGGAAACGCGGCCCGGGACAACAAGAAGACCCGCAUCAUCCCUCGCCACUUGCAGCUGGCCAUCCGCAACGACGAGGAGCUCAACAAGCUGCUGGGCAGAGUCACCAUCGCCCAGGGAGGCGUCCUGCCCAACAUCCAGGCCGUGCUCCUCCCCAAGAAGACCGAGAGCCACAAGGCCAAGGCCAAGUAAAACACUCUGCUUUCCUUCCUCCGAAGCCAGCAAAGCCCCAAAGGCUCUUUUCAGAGCCACCCACUCUGUCACAAAAGGGCUGAUUUCCCCAAUGGCAGCUGCCAACAACAUACCCCAAGCAUACAAGGCCAACUUGGGCCCAGCAAUAGUUAUUCAUGACCAGGUGCUAAUUUAGCAGGCAUGGGCAAACUUGGGCCCUCCGGGUGGGGGUUUAUAUCUGGAAUUAUGUCCAUGGUGGGAGAAAAAACACUGCUUGAGGCAAAUGUGAAUAUUGCCAUUGCAUUAAAUGGCAUUGCAGCUUCAAAGCCUGGCUGCUUCCUGCCUGGGAGGUGUUAGCUGGCCCUGAUUGUUUCAUGUCUUGAAUUGCUCUUUAUUUACUGUCCUGAUGCAGAGAUAUUUACGUCCAAUAUUUGUUAAGCAGCUGAGGGAAAAGGAAGGUGCCUGAGGCUGUUAGGAAUGCUGGGAGUUGAAGUCCAAAACACCUGGAGGACCCAAGUUGGCCGACACCUGCUAUACACUAUUAAAGCUACUUGACAAGCUUCAGGAU